AUGGAUAACCUAGUCGCUGCUGUGGAGUUUCCCGUCACCAUCAACAACCAGCAACAAGUGGAACAGAUUAUACACUAUGCUUCCAUAGCUAAUGUAAUCAUUUCACUAAUUGUUGGGAUCGCAACUGACUCAUUACGAUACCUAUCAUACGCUUUCGCUACUCAAUUUAUUGUUUUACUAUUGAUAGUCGCCCCGAACUUUUGGUUCAAUACUGCUCCCCCAAUACAAUGGUUGAAUAUCAAGUACUAA